AUGACGCUGGGCGCCGGCGAAGAACAAAACCACCCCAGGACCUCGAUCCCAGGAGGCACCAGUGCCUUUCCCACCCCUGCCAACAACACCGACGGCGGUUCUGGAAUUGGAGAUAAAGGGUUUCACAAAGGUGGCGGCAGAGCUGUCUCAAGCACCGGUCAUGGCCUUGGACACACACCAUCGCCGAACCCGGCAGCUUCGUUUGGUAACUACUUGGGACUGAGUCAGCAAAAAGAAGCAGCAGGGAACAACGCGGCUCGACAGUUUGCAGAGGCCGGGGGGUAUAAUCGGACUACGUCAACAGGAGAACCGACAUGUGCAACGGAAGAUCAUAGUUUCAUGAGACAUAAACCUGGGUGUCCGGAAACGUUGACGGGAACUGAAUUCCUCAAGGGAGUUAUAGGGCGAAUCACCAAGUAUGACCGUGGAGAAUGA